AGCGUAGGAUAAGAAAAGGGGCGCACGGGAUUUAUAAAACAGGUCACAAUUCACCUCCCUGCGCAAAUUAGGGCUGAUCAAUUCAGGAAAAAAAAUUCAAAUCCACUUUUUUAUUACAACAUGGAUCCUUAAUUGACUAACAGGGUUAUUAUACAUGUGCAAAUAGAUUAUGAGAAAUAUGAUGUCUGAAGAGGAUGGACAUUUGCUCAUGGUAUAUGAUGAUUUGUCAGAACAACGUUCUUUGUCUUUAGAUGAUACGAGUAGCAAUGAGGAAUCACCGGAUGAGACCAGGCUAUCACUAGAAUUUACUAAUGAUGCAUUUCCAUACAUGGGGCAGAGAUUUGUUUCUCAUGAUGCGGGUUAUGAAUUCUAUAGUGAAUUUGCAAAGCGUUGUGGGUUCUCAAUCCGUCGUCAUCGUACAGAAGGAAAAGAUGGGGUUGGCAAAGGACUGACUAGACGUUAUUUUGUCUGCCACCGCGCUGGCAACACCCCCGUUAAAACCUCAAAUGAAUAUAAACCUCAAAGGAAUAGAAAAUCCUCCCGGUGUGGGUGUCAAGCAUAUAUGAGGAUAAGUAAGACGACAGAGUUAGGGACACCGGAAUGGCGUGUCACCGGUUUUUCAAACCACCAUAAUCAUGAACUCUUAGAACAGAAUCAGGUCCGUUUCCUUCCUGCAUAUCGAACCAUAUCAGAUACAGACAAGAGCAGAAUCCUCAUGUUUGCGAAAACAGGAAUUUCAGUGCAACAAAUGAUGAGGCUUAUGGAGCUUGAAAAAUGUGUGGAGCCGGGAUAUUUACCAUUCACCGAGAAGGAUGUCAGGAAUUUACUUCAGUCCUUUAGGAAAUUAGAUCCAGAAGAGGAGAGCGUAGACUUAUUAAAAACGUGCAGAAGCAUAAAACAGAAGGACCCCAACUUUAAAUUUGAAUACACACUUGAUGCAUACAACAAGUUAGAGAAUAUAGCUUGGUCAUAUGCUUCAUCGAUCCAGUCGUAUGAGAUAUUUGGUGAUGCAGUGGUGUUUGAUACAACACAUCGCUUGACUGCAUUUGACAUGCCUGUUGGGAUAUGGGUGGGAAUUAAUAACUAUGGCAUGCCUUGUUUCUUUGGCUGCGCGCUUUUACAUGAGGAAACUUUGAGUACAUUAUCAUGGGCGUUGAAGGCAUUCUUAGGGUUCAUGAACGGGAAGGCUCCGCAAACAAUUUUAACGGACCAAAAUAUGUGCCUCAAAGAAGCAAUAGCACAGGUGUUGCCAACAACAAAACACGCACUUUGUAUGUGGAUGAUUGUGGGAAAGUUUUCAUCUUGGUUUAAUGCUCUUCUCGGAGAACGCUAUAAUGAGUGGAAGGCAGAGUUCCACCGAUUAUAUAACGUGGAGUCAACUGAGGAUUUUGAAAUUGGUUGGAGGGACAUGGUAAAUUCUUAUGGGUUGCAGAAUAACAGGCACGUUUUUAACUUGUAUGCCUCACGCACUCAUUGGGCAUUAUCGUAUUUGAGAAGCCAUUUUCUUGGAGGAAUGACUGCAGCUGGGCAUUCAAAAGCAAUUUCUGCUUUCAUCCAACGGUUUCUAAGUACACAAACACGGCUUGCACACUUUGUGGAACAAGUUGCUGUUACCGUGGAUUUUAAAGAUCGAGCUGCUGAACAGCAAACAAUGCAGCAGAAUCUCCAGAACUUGCCCCUGAAAACUGGGGCGCCUAUGGAAGCCCAUGCUGCUUCAGUCUUUACGCCAUAUGCGUUUUCUAAGCUCCAAGAACAACUUGUUUUGGCUGCUCAUUAUGCAUCGUUCCAGAUGGAAGAUUGCUUUUUCGUGAGACACCAUACAAAACUCGAUGGAGGUCGAAAAGUAUAUUGGGUUCCUAGGGAAGGCAUCAUUAGUUGCAGUUGUCAUCAUUUUGAGUUCUCAGGAAUUCUCUGUCGACAUGCUCUUCGAGUUCUUUCCACUGCAAAUUGUUUUCAGAUCCCCGACAGGUAUCUCCCAGUUCGAUGGCGUCGGAUCAGCUCAUCCCCCGCAAAGCUGCUUCAAAAUUCUUCCAAUGAUCACGGAGAAAGAAUGCAGUAUUUGCAGAAUUUGGUAUCAACUCUUAUAAAUGAAUCCGCAAAGUCAAAAGAAAGAAUCGACUUAGCCACUGAACAACUUUCCAUCCUUUUAUCCCGUAUCAGGGAGCAGCCAGUCCCGCCAAAUGGUGCAAGUGAUUUCACGUCCGACAUCAUUUGAAAACUUGUGUAAAACAGUGGAAGUAAGUCACCAAUAUUUUGAUUGAGAAAGCAGGCUGGUCAGACCGUUAAAGUUUUGCGUGCUUACGGGUUGAAAUGUUGAGUGGAAAUUUUGCAGCUUCGGUUCGAUUCAUGCACUCAUAUGAUCAGAUGUGCAUGGUGUUUUUUGUUCCCUGAUAACAUUUGUUCUUAUGGGAGUUUUUGAGGAGAAUUAACAAACUCAUGUACAAAUAUAUUUUUGUAUAGAAAAAAAGGUUUAUGUUGGAAAAUGGCAUUGUAGCUUACAAAAUCCAUGCUUAACAGUUAUAAUAUUUAUGAGCUGUGUAUGUAAUUUGGUAGGUAUAAUUAGGGUGUGCAUUUGGUUCGAUAUGAAUUGAAUUUUUUUUAGUCGAA